UGGCUGGUCUGUCUGUCUGUUUGAUUGUUGGUUACAGACGCCACCGUAAACGCUGUCGUUUUGCCAUUUGAUAUUGGAAUUGUAUUCCUAAUUCCUUUCCACUUUAUUCUUAUUGUUGCGGCAGUGCCACAGAAUCCUUCAAAACGGCUACCAUAACGAACUCCGCCCUUGCAAUGAGCCAGCUCGGCACCGUUUAUGCCACCAAACGGAGGCGACGCAAUGGCAAAAGUUUAAAACCACCACCCAAAGAUGGCGUCACAAAAAGCAAUCCCUCGAAACGGCAUCGUGAACGUUUAAAUGCCGAAUUAGAUUUAUUGGCGUCAUUGUUGCCAUUUGAACAGAAUAUUUUAAGUAAAUUGGAUCGACUGAGCAUUUUAAGGCUGUCUGUUAGUUAUUUAAGAACAAAAAGUUAUUUUCAAGUUGUUAUGCAUAAGGAAAAGGAGGAGAAUAGUGGCAAUUCAGUUUUACCUCAUAUACACGCACACGAUGGCUAUCGGACACGAGAGUUGGGAGCUUUCGAGCAUGGCCUAUUAGAUGGUGAUAUGUUCCUGCAGGCCUUAAAUGGUUUUCUUAUGAUCCUCACCUGUGACGGAGAAGUGUUCUUUGCCACACACAGUAUAGAAAGUUAUCUGGGGUUUCAUCAGUCUGACAUUGUCCACCAGUCCGUCUACGAACUGGUACAUUCCGAAGAUCGUGAAGAGCUACAACGUCAAUUGUUAUGGAACUCCUUCCUGCCCGCAGAUAUGUCCAGCAUGCAACUGGCUGAGACCCUAACGCCGGAUAAGGCUCUCUAUUUGGAGCGAAGUUUUACGGUACGAUUUCGUUGCCUACUGGAUAAUACAUCGGGUUUCUUGCGUCUAGAUAUUCGGGGGCGUAUCAAAAUCCUGCAUGGCCAGAAUCGUAAAACCGAAGAACCUCCAUUGGCGCUAUUUGCCUACUGCACACCAUUUGGACCACCCAGCCUGCUGGAGAUACCACACAAAGAGAAUAUGUUUAAAUCGAAACAUAAGUUGGAUUUCUCAUUGGUGUCGAUGGAUCAGAGAGGCAAACACAUUUUGGGUUACUCCGAUGCUGAACUAGUCAAUAUGGGUGGUUAUGAUUUGGUGCAUUACGAUGAUCUGGCCUAUGUGGCUAGUGCCCAUCAGGAACUUCUCAAAACUGGUGCUUCUGGCAUGAUUGCCUACCGUUACCAAAAGAAGGAUGGUGAAUGGCAGUGGCUGCAAACCAGUUCCCGUCUGGUCUAUAAAAAUUCCAAACCCGAUUUUGUCAUUUGCACCCAUCGUGUGCUAAUGGACGAGGAGGGUUUCGAUUUGUUGGGCAAGAGAACAAUGGAUUUCAAGGUUAGCUAUUUGGAUACCGGUCUGGCGUCCACCUACUUUUCGGAGGCAGAUCAACUGGUGGUGCCACCAAGUGGUUCACCGAAUUCCCUGCCACCUCCAGUGACACCAACGCGACCCAAUCGUCGCUACAAGACCCAGCUGAGAGAUUUUCUAUCCACCUGUCGUUCAAAACGUAAAAUGCAACAACAAAAUCAACAGGGUUCCCCAUUGGGACAGGUCACAUCCCCUGCCCCCGUUGUCGAAUAUCUUCCAGAUCCGGCUGCCGCCGUGGCUGCUGCCUAUUCCAAUUUAAAUCCCAUGUAUACGACCUCGCCAUAUGCCACAGCGGCAGAUAAUAUUUAUAUGGGCACCUCAGUGCAUUCCACAAAUUUCUAUCCUGUCACUGAGAAUCUCUUCCAUCAGUAUCGUUUGCAGGGUGUGGGAGGGUACUAUGCCGACUAUCAUCAUUCGGCUGCGCCAGCUUCGGCCUAUGUGGCUGCCAAUGGUUUCCUUUCCUAUGAUGGUUAUGCCAUAACCUCCAAGGAGGAAAAAUGGCAGGAAACUGGGAAAUACUACAGUGGCUAUAGCAGUGGUUAUGGUAGUCCCACAUCGACGCCACAGCAAGUUCCUUUGAAAACGCCAAAGUCUUCUCCCCAUGUCAUGGAGGUGGUCUCCUGUUCUUCGAAUGGUCCCUCCCCGGUGGCCGGUAGCAUUGUCAAUAAUCUCAAUAAUCCCCAUGGCGGCUCAACGGCCAAUGCCGGCCCGGCUGUUAUUACACCCAAAGUUGAAAUGGCCUCCCAGGAUCAAUAUGAACGACAAACUGUCCUCAUGUGGGGUUCACAGUCCAGUGGCAUACCCAUCAAUACCCUCAAUGCUUCCACAACAACCUCUACUGCAAAUCGUCAUUUGUCCAGCAACACGGAACGUUCUCCCCAAACAACACCGCUCUCGAAUGGUCUCAGCUAUGCCAAUGACACAGAGACUUCUGCCAAAUGGAAUGGCAAGGAUAAUCAUAAAAGUGCUUCCACUCCGGAUAGCUAUCAAAUGCAUCAUGACGAUUCAGGACUCUAUUCGGCAUCAUCGCACACAACAUCGCCGCAGCAUCGUUUGAGCAGCAGUGGGAGUAGUUCGGGUGGAACAGCAAGCGGUGGCUCAACGCUGGCCCAUAACAAUACGGUGGCUGAAACUCUUUCGUCUGCAACACCAACAGCACAUCACAACAGCAACAGCAACAACAACACAAUACACUCCAAAGUAGCCUCAACAACAGCCGGAGCACAAGCUCCACCCCCACCACCGCAUGCACCUGCACCACCCGCACAAACAACAUUGAGUGAAACAAGCAUUUUGGCUGGAUCUUCUUCAGUCUCCUCUUCAGCUACGGCCAUGCACCAACACCCAAGCAAUAGCCACACACAUUUACAUCACACCUCCCCCCAACAGCAUCAUCAUCAUCACCAUUCGGCUCUACAUCAUCACCACCACCAUGCGAAUCAUGGCGCCACAACGCAUGUGCAUUCCCAGCAACCCUCUCAAAGUCACAGCUCAGCGGCAGUUUCACCCCAUGACCAGCAUCAUCAUCCUGCCCAGCAUCACUCGGCCCAUCACCACCACCAUCAUCAUCAUCAUGCAACGCAUGGUUCCCACCAUCCCCACCCCAUUAAUCAUCAUCACCACCAUGCCGCAGGUUCAGCCGCCAGCAAUAGUGCAGCCACCCUGCCAACCACUGCUGCUGCAACCAAUGGCAGUGAGAUCAUGCUCAGCCAACAGUCACAACAACAACCACAACAUCAACAACAACAACAAGUAUUACAACUCAGUCCAUAUAACCAUCAUAUACAACCGUUAGCCAGCCUAGCGGGAACAGGAACUUGUGGCAAUGCCAUUAUAACAAGUGCUGCGGCAUCGGCGGCGGUAGUGGCAGCUGCUUCGGCCAGUUCAUCACCCUCCUGUAGCUCACCACCUUUGCAACAACUGCCAGCCAUAAGCAGUGUUAUCAACGGCCUAAACGGUGGCCAUGGACCGGCGAGUAUCAUCAGCAAUCACAAUGGAUCACCAGGAGUGACAAUGACCACAGCGGCCCAUACUCCCUAUCAUCAAUUGGCAAUUAUAGCAUCACCGAUUGUCAUAACAUCCACCACAUUGGAUAAUCCCACGGAAUUGGGUGGUCAGGGUGGGGUGGCGUUGCAAUCAUUGGGUGGCAGUGGUAGCCUUUAUCCUUCGGCAUAUAAAUCAAGAAAUCCCACUACAACAGCUGUAAUGCAUCAUCCUUCGGCUUCGGCCGCCCUGGCAUAUGCCACAAAUGCCUAUGUUAUUGGCACCGGACCUGGGGGAGCUACAUCGUGUGCAGCCACAGCCACUUUGAGUGGUUUGGAACAAAAUAUCGAUGGCAGUCCAUUGUUGUCGUUUUCCGAGGUAACCAAUACCCUGUUGAAUCAAUAAGAUAAAGAGAGGAGGGAAGAAAAGAGAGAGAAAGAGAGGCGAAAAACGUCUACUUAUGAUUGCAAUCAGUUAGCUGAGAAAAGUAAAAAGAGCGGUGAGCAAGUAAAUCUCCUGUAUAAAUUCUUCAAAAGUGAGAGAGAGAGAGAGAGAGAGAGAGAGAGAGAGAAAGAGCGGGAAAUAUCAAAUAAGAAAAUUAGGUUUCUUUACAUCUCUUCUAUCAAAUCAGUUUUUCUAUAUUCUUAUCCGAAGAGAGUGAGAAAAUGAUAAUUAAUUUAGUAUAUAAUAAAGGCAUUCCAUAGCAUAAAUUAAAAUAUAUAUUUCUUUGCCAAAUUAUAGACUAUCAUAUCUUCCAUGAACUUAUCUGAAAAAAACAUAACUGUUUGCAAAAGGCAAUGGGUAUAUGUUCGAAGAUCUUUAAACAUUGCAGAAACAUUAUCAAGACAACCUAAGAAAUUGGAAAUAAUAUUUAUAUUAAACCAACCGAUUGUCAAGGACAUGUAUAUUUUUUAUCCCCUAUUUUCUGAUUCAAAUUUUCGGUACAUCUUCAAAUUAAGAAUAAUGUGGCUACAAUGAAUCUAAAUCUUUUGACCAAAAACGAAUCCAAUAUUUCCAAAUUGAAUUCCAAUGUAUUUCUGAGCUGAGAGAACUUAAAAAAGUAUUCCCCACCUUUAUUUCAUAAAUAUCAAUUACGAAAUUCGAAUUUUUCACGUGACGGUGGCGCCCAACUCUCAAUGUAUUCAACUUCUGGAAUAUUCAACAGUAAAGUUCGAGUCCUUCCACAUUAAAAUCAUUUUGUCCAUAGCUUAGCUUAUAAAGAGCUUAUAAAUAAAGUCUUUUUAGCAUUUGAUAUUUACAUAUCGGUUCGAAAAUCAGAAUAUUUUCCAAGUAGGUGGCGCCCUUAAUUUAUUUAUUCCAAAAUUUAAUUUAUUUCCAAAAUUGUCUAGAAUAAGUCAUGAAAUAUAAAACAAAUCUAUCUACCUAUUCAGAAACAGAAUAUAUAUUUAUUCUGAGUAUUAUAAUAUUCCUCAUUUCAUAGAUCUCGAUUGUGAAGUUGCAAUAUUUCACAUGAAGAUGGCGCCAAACUUAAAAAAUAUUAAAGUUUGGAAUUAUACGUCAAGAUCUUUCAUAUUUAUGUAGUAUGUUGUACUUCAUCACCAUCUUCAUAAAAAUGCAAAUUGUAUUAAAAACAAGUAAAAAACAUUAAGUUCGGCCGGUCCAAACUUUUAAUACCCUCCACCUUAGGGUAAAAGAAACAUUAGAAGAAAUGUGGCAAAAACCAUUAAAAUGCCGAAUAUCGGGAGGUACCGUUAUAUGGGGGCUAUAUCAAAUCAUGGACCCAUACAUGCAAUGUUUCGCCACCGCAGCUGGAACCCAUUAUGACCAACAAAUACCAAUUUUCAGACAAAUCCGUGAAAAAAGGUUGCAAAAAUCAUCAAAUUACCGAAUAUCGGGAGGUACCUUUAUAUAGGGGCUAUACCACAACGUGGACCUAUACAUGCAAUGUUUUGCCACAAGCUCAGGGUCCCGUUAUGACCUACAAAUACCAAUUUCCAGACAAAUCCGUGGAAAAAUGUAGCAUAAAUCAUCAAAAUACCGAAUAUCGGGAGGUACCGUUAUAUGGGGACUAUACCAAAGCGUGGACCGAUAUAUCUCAUUUUCAUUACCAACCAUCCUAGACACUAUGCAAAUAGCUCUGCUAAAUUUUGGCGCUCUAGGUCAAAUAAUGUGGGCUGUAUCGUGAUUUCAACAGACAGACGGACAUCGUUAAAUCGACUUAGAAUUUGAUGGUGAUUAUGAAUAUAUAUACUUUAUGGGAUCUAAGACGAAUAUUUACGGAUGUUACAAACGGAAUGACAAAGUUAAUAUAGCCUCCUUUCCAAGGUGGAGGGUAUAAAAAUAUAGAAAAAGGGUAUCAAAAUGUUCCUCGCCUGUGAAGUUCAACAAUUUCACACGAAAGAUGGCGCCCAACUUUAAAUAUAUUCAACUUUUAAACUAUGUGGCAGCACAGUUCUUUGCACGAACUUUGUAGAUGAUUUUCUAAGACUCCAAAAGUACAGCUAAGUAAAUAAUUGGCGCCAUUUAUAUAUGGAGAAUUUAAAGUUGGGCGCCAUCUUCAUGUAAAAUAUUUGAACUUUAUAGCCAAGAUCUGAGAAAUGUUUGAAUACAAAUAGCAUUUUCACGUUACACGACCGAACAUACCACAUUUUAGAAAUACAUGUUGGGCGCCACCUUCAUGUGAAAUAUUCGAAUUUUCCAAACUAUAUCUGAGUAUCAAAUGAAAAAAAU